GCAAAGCUCCUUCUUUUCUAAGGAGAAAAAAAGACACAAGAAAUGACCAUUAUUGAUCCUUUGAAAAGUCUUUCAAAUACGUGUUGGUUUGGCCCAUGUGAGACGAAGUGCACCAAAAUGGCCAUUUUUUCUCUACAUUCUAUCUAUUUCUAGCCAAAUGUGUUUAUAUAGAGAAAGAGAUUGGAAUGACCAAUAGGCGACUUUGGGGGGGAAAAGAAGAAAGAAAUGGAUGAGAAGCUAAGUGUAGUGAGUUUGGUUGUAAUUCAUGUGGCAAUACUAUUAUUCUCAAGUGUAUUGGGUGUUCCUUUAGAAGAUGAAAUUAGAAGCUUACCAAGCCAACCAAGUGAUAGUAAGGCAAAUUUCAAGCAGUUUGGUGGGUAUGUUACCGUUGAUGAGAAACAAGGGAGGGCUCUGUUUUAUUACUUUGUUGAAGCACAAACCCCCCAGCCUACUUCUAAGCCUCUUGUCUUGUGGCUCAAUGGAGGUCCUGGGUGUUCUUCUGUUGGAGUUGGAGCUUUCAUAGAACAUGGGCCCUUUAAAAUUAAUGGAGAAGUUCUAGUGAAGAAUGAGUAUAGUUGGAACACAGAAGCAAACAUGUUAUACGUGGAGUCACCAGCAGGUGUUGGAUUCUCAUACUCUUCUAAUAAAUCUUUCUACUUCAAAAUUGACGAUAAAAUUACAGCAAGAGACAAUAUGCUCUUUCUUCAGAAUUGGUUCGACAAAUUUCCAGAGUACAAGAACGCAGAUUUUUACAUUACUGGAGAGAGCUAUGGAGGACACUAUGUUCCGCAAUUGGCUCAGCUCAUUCUCAAGUCCAGAACGAAUAUCAAACUAAAAGGAAUUGCAAUAGGAAAUCCACUUCUGGACAUUGUGAAUGACUUCAACGCUAGAGAUAAAUAUAUGUGGUCACACGGCGUCGUUUCCGACUCAAUUUAUAAGCUUUUGAGUUCAGUAUGCAAUACUUCACGGUUUUAUCAAGAGAUCUUUCAAGGCUCCAUUUCUUCAGAGUGUACUGUCGUUAUUUCCCUGCUUUCCCAACAACUCUCUCCCUUCAUAGAUGAUUACAAUGUCAUCGGUGACGUUUGUUCCCUCGCUGCCAAAUCACAGCCUUCCAUUCUCCUCCAUCCACUUUCCUCUUUCAUCACUAAAUCUGCUUCACAACGACACCUUCUAAGUCACCCUCAGGAAAAUGUUGGUGUUGAUAGAGAUAUUUGUUCACAAGAAAAUGUAGCAAAGUAUUUAAAUAGAAAGGAUGUUCAGAAAGCUCUCCACGCCAAACUUGUUGGAGUCCAUCAAUGGAGUGUAUGCAACACCAACAAUACAGAUUGGCUCUACGAUCUUAAGAAUUGGCUUAUACCUACGAUUGAUGUUGUUGGCUCACUCGUCAAGUCUCAAAUUCGAGUCUUGGUUUACAGUGGUGAUCAAGAUACAGUCAUCCCAUUUACUGGAACUAGGACAUUGGUGAAUUCAUUAGCAAAGUCAUUAGGUCUAAAUAUAACUAUGUCGUACAAAGUUUGGAUCGUGGACAAUCAGGCUGGUGGGUGGAGUGAAGCGUAUGGGAAGUUCCUAACUUUUGCAAGCGUAAGAGGAGCUUCUCACUUAGCCCCAGAAACUCAACCCAAGAGAACUUUGGCGCUUUUCAAGGCAUUUUUAGAUGCAGUUUGAUUACUUCAACAAAUCUCACCCUUUCCUUCUUCUUCUUCUUCUUCUUCUUCUUCUAAUUUUGGGAUAUUCACAGCACCCCCAAAUAAAUAAUCUAUAUAUUAAUUAAAUAAAGUUACAUAUUUGAAGCAACCACGUAAUUUUAAUCAAUUAUGGUAGAAUGUAUGUUUAAAACUAUUGGUUAACAAUAAUUUGGUUAAAAUUCUAUUUUGGUCCUUGAA